CCGCCUGCGAACAUGCUGGUGCUCUACGACAUCCUCGGCGACGACGGCGCGACGCCACGCCACCCGAACGCGUUCCACGUGCCCGAUGGCCGCGAGCCGCUUCGCCUCCGCGACGUCGAGGCGGCCUGCCCGUUCGCCCACUGCCACUUCAGCUUUCAGCACGAGAACGGCGUGUACUGCGCGUACGCCAACCCGAAUUCGAUCGUGCCGCUUGCGAGCCGGAGCGCGAUCCACGCCAAGAUCGUGCUCUCGGCGCCUUUCGAGACGCAGGUCGUGUGGCCCGAGGACGUGGUGGCCGUCGAGAUGCCCUCGUCGCGCACCAGCUCGGGCUCGUCCAAUGGCUCGUCGCGGACCAACUCUGGCUCGAGCGCGCGCAAGCCGCAGAAAGAGUACGAGGCGCCGGCGUGGGAGGCCACGUUUGCCGACAAGUCGCCGGCCGAGGCCAAGUCGGGCCUCUCGGCGACUGAGCUAAAAGAGAAGUUCAAGAAGCAGACGGAAAUGGCCAAAGACUUUGCGAAGAACCUCAACUUGGACGACGCCAAGCGGAAUGCCAUCGACUUCGCGCAGAAAAUGAACCUCGACGACACGGCGCGCAAGGCAAAGAAGUGGGGCGGCUCGCUCCUCUCGUCGCUCUCCAACACCAUCUCGAGCGCCAGCAGCGCCAUGACCAAGGGCGAAACCAUGAGCAUUGGCAGCACCAACGUGCGCAUCGUCCAGCUCCUCGCCGAGGGCGGGUACGGCCAAGUGUUUCUUGUCAAGACGGGCGCCAACGAGCUCUGUGCGCUCAAGCGCGUCGUGCUUACGUCGGCCGAGGUCGAAGCCGACGCCGCGAUCGAGCGAGAAGUGCUCCAGACGGUGGAGCACCCCAACUUGCUCCAUUUGCUGCAGUACGGAGAAAGCCGCUCGAAUGGCAAACACGAGUGCCUCUUUUUACUGCCGUACCACGACCAUGGCACGAUCUUUGACGAGAUCCAAGCCGCCAACGACAACAGCGCCGAGCCCUGGCCGUUCAUGGAGCUCCGUUGCCUUCACAUUCUCGAAGGCAUCUGCCUCGGUCUUCUCGCGCUGCACGAAGCCGGGUUUGCGCACCGGGAUUUGAAGCCGCACAACGUACUCCUCGGCAUCCGCGACCACCCGAUCUUGAUGGACUUUGGCUCGUGCGCGCCGCUCGUCACCGAAAUCACCGACCGGCGCAAGCUCAUGGACGUCCAAGACGACGCCAACCGCAAGUGCUCGGCGCCCUACCGCGCGCCCGAGCUCUUCGAGCCCGAGAUUGGCCAUCGCAUCAACGGCCAAUCCGACGUCUGGUCGCUCGGCUGCAUCUUGUACUGCAUGGCGUUUGGCUCGAGCCCGUUCGAGUCGCCGCGGGAGGGUUUCAUGCGGCUCGCGGCCAUGAACGGCAAGGUGACGUUCCCGCCCCCCCAAGGCGAGUACGUCGUCUUUCGCGGCCAGCGCUUCUCGCUCGACUUUUGCGACUUUAUCCGGGACAUGCUGCAGCCCGACCCGCAGGACCGGCCAUCGGUCACGGACGUCCUCGACUACACGCGCGAGCUCCAAGAAGCCGACUAGUCGUUUAGCGAGCAAGUAUUCGUCAUAUUCGCUUUCAUACGAAUCUACUGGAUGC